AACUGAAUUCGUUAGUCGAUUAAUAUAAAGUGAGUCUAUGUAAAUGUAACGAGUUGUGUGUAAAUCAUUCAGUCGCAGUUUGUAUGUUGCACCAACAAGCGUAGAUUUAAUAUAAAGCCGUUUAUUUUGAAAUUCCUGCUUAAAGAAUAGUGUACAUAUGGAUGAAAUGCUGUAAUUGCAGAGAUCAGUGACAUCGAUCGGCAAUCACUUGCGUCCUAAAGCAGCCGUGCGGGGUGUCAGAAUGGCCUCCUGCUGCAUCUCGUUUGACGGUGGACUUUAGACAAUUUACCAUCGACUUCUUUCAGACCCUGAACGCACUGUUAUGUUGAUACAAAUCUGUUAACAGAACUAAUCAGCAACACAGAUGCUGCACUUAGUAAAGGAAUAGUAGUGACAGAUGCUACACUAGUUGGACCCUCAGCAACUCCGUCCAUAUAACCAGAAGAAAUUACACUGUUGAUGCUAACAACCCAAGACUGACUUCAGAAUUCACAGAUAAAUAGCUAUGGAAACAGAUGUCAGUCAGGAUAUUGAAGAUUACUGGAAUGAAUAUAAAAUUCUCCAAGAAACGAAAUUAUUGGAUGUUUAUUUGGAUGAAGUUGAAGAUUAUGGGUCUCGAAGUUGUGAUGAGGGUGAGCAGGAAGUGGAAUGGCUUCGACUGGCAGGCUUACCCCAGCUGACAGCCCCUUAUGAGGAGGGACGUGAGCUGGCCGAGAGCGAGUUGGAUCCUGAACUGCGUCUCCUGCCGGCUCACCAUGCCGAGGCAGUGCGACGUCGAGUCAAGACACUCAACUUUACAGUGCGACAGAGGAGACGCCAGCAGCGCUCUCGGGCCCGCAAACCAGACAUCAGGGAUGUCUUCCGGGAUGUAGAAAAUUCAAGUACUGGCACAAGAUCCCGCAGUGCUACACCAGAUUCUCUAGACUUGGAUCAUACAGGUUCUGAAGAUGUGGGACCUCCUAGUCCUCCCUUACCAUGGCACAUCCCCAGAAGUACAAAUAUUUUUAACCCAGGGGCUGGACCACAGGUAUGGGGAGACAGUGCUGGCUCUCCAACUACAAGCUACAUUCCUUCAUCUAGUCCAAGAAGCCACACAGUUUUACUGGAGAGAGAUCAGUUGUAUAGCAGCUAUGCCAAAGAUCAAGUACGCAGACAGCCUAGUGGGUCAGCCAGUGCCUCAGAACUGUUUCGUCGUGUUGGUAACUGGGCUGGUGGAGGCAGCCGAGGUGAUGUUGCCUGUGACACUGAAGGUAUUCAAAUGGUGGGAUAUCAGCGUAUUGGUACCAUUCACUUACCUCGACCACGAGAAAGGAUACGUGCUGGUAGUGACCCCACUUCACCCACAUUUACCUCCAGUGGUGUUCCCUCUUCUAAGAUGGCUGCAGUGGCCCUUAUCAGUAACAGUGCUGCCAAGAUGACAGAUAGGAAUAACAAGUUCCUCAAGGAUCAUCAUGUUUCAAUUUCACGUAGUCACAGUAGUUUGUAUAGCCCUGACAAUGAGACUGAUGCGAUAAAUCAUCAGAGAGCAGCAGCGCGGGCUGUUCUGCAUCGUUCUGGUUCUCAGGGGCAUCUUGGGUUUGAAGAGGUUUCGCAGAGACUAUUAUUUCCCAGUCAUGAAAACAUCACCAACAUCCGAGUCGAGUCUGGAGUGUCUAUCUAUUCAGAUCCUAGUCUAGUUGGAAGAACUUGGAUAGAGUUUAUGGGAGACGGUGAUCUUCCAAAGCUGCAGCCACUGUUGCUUCUUGAGGCAACAGCUUUGUUAGAUAAUAAUGACAUUCCAUUCAGGAAGCGUAAGCCACCAAGAAGGAAUCGAAAAGUAGUAGGAAAUGUGUUUGGUGUUUCACUGGCAGUGCUGUUAGAACGGGACCAACUGAUGGGUGCAGAGAACUGUGAAGGUGUUCCUCUAAUCUUCCAGAAGGUACUGCUUCAUUUGGAGAGAUAUGGGCUACAGGAAGAAGGUAUUCUGCGUGUCGCAGGACUUCAGCAGAAGGUGGCAACACUGUGUGCAGAACUGGAGGCAGUAUUCUAUAGGAGGCCACUAGAGGAAGUAGACAGGCUUCUUCAGCAAGCAACUUGCCAUGAUGUAUCUUCUGUUCUGAAGCGCUUACUACGGGAUCUGCCCCAGCCACUUUUAUCUAUCGAGUACAUUGACAUGUUCUACCAAACCCAUGCUCUGUCAGAUGACACAACUCGAGCACAUGCACUCAACCUAUUAGUUCUUCUGUUGCCUCCGGAGUAUCGUAGCACUCUUCGUGCUGUCUUUGGAUUCCUUGCACGAGUAGUCCUGAACCAGAAGAAAAACAAGAUGUCUCUCCAUAAUGUUGCAAUGAUCAUAGCACCAUCACUGUUCAGCCCUCAAUAUGUCCAUCCUGCUGAUAAGGGGGACUUGAAAGCACAGGUUGAAGUGGCAGAAAUCUGCUGUCGGUUAACAGAGCAGAUGUUGGAGCUUGGAGAAGGGCUGUGGGUUGUUCCCGAGUCUCUUGUGAGACAGAUACGUCGUUCUAAUGAGGAAGAGCACUACAGGAGAGGUACAAAGGAGAACAGCAAACCCAUGAAACGACUACUGGGGAGAAGAACUGGUGCUCGCGAGCCUAUUACUCGUAAGAUCAAUAAUGAAGUUGAUUUUCAAGAUGGCAUUGUACGAGUGAAUGCCCCACAGUUUCAGUUAUUUGAUAUCCCAGUACGUUUAAUGGAAAAUAUUACAGCAGGAGAUGUUGUUUUAAGAAUUAUGGAAGAGGCCAGUAAGAUCUGUGAGAUGCCUGCAUCUGUAGGAUUGAAAGUGUCACAGCGUCCACAUUAUGACAUGAAGUCGCGUGCAUUGGCUGAGCUUGCUCCCAAUGGUAACCUCAGUUGCAUUCUUUCUACAAGCUGCCCAGAAGUGUCCUUGCAGACACAUUAUCUGUAUGAGGUUGGUGGAAAUAUUGGGCAGCGUCAAAUUGAGCACAACGCCAUCUUGUUGGCUGUUUACAAAGAGAAUCCAAAUGCCCAGUGGGUGCUUCGUUGUCACCAUCGUAAUUCUAACAAUGCGCCUGCUGCUUCAUGAUAGCGGGUUUCUGUCCAGAAUAAAAUUAUUGUGUUGUACAAAUGCCAAACCUACAGGCCAUAAUCUUAAAACAAGGAAAAGUAUAUUGUGUGUUCAUAAAAUGUGAACAAUAAAUAUUAAAAUGUUGUAAUUCCAAAUUCAUUAACUUUGUAAGUAUAAGCUAGACUUUUUGCAUGUAUUUUAUAAUCUGUAUUACCAGUCAUAGAAGUCAACUUUCUUGUAUAAUAAGAACCCAGUUAAUAUUAGUGAUUAAACAAUUGUUAAUAAGUUUUCUAAUCUAAUUUUUUGUCAGCGUAUUAUUAGGUUGAACUGUUAAUGGAUGGAGAAAAUACUCAUCAGCACAACAGAAUUGUGUAAUUACAUCAAAUAUUAUAAUAAACACUUUUAUUGUUGUAAAAUGUAA